GGUAGCUGCGAACGCGAUGGCGGCGGGCGAACGGUAACGCGGCCGCGCGCUGUUCUCUGACCGGGGGCCUCGGCGCAUGCACCGUUACGGCGUGCCCACUCGCCUGCCGUGCCCACCCCGGCCGUAACCCGGUGGCGAGUGUAUGUGUGUGUGUGUGUGUGUCUGUGUGCGCGCGCUUCACGGCGUAAUACAAAACGCAGUGCACGCGUACCGCGCCGCCCGGGACGAGAGAUGACGACGACGACGACGAUUGCGGCGGCGGUGGCGGUGAGAACGGGCAAAGGUUUACGCGCGCGAACGGGUCGAGGCGGAGUCUAAGAGUCUCGCGCGCGCGCCAACCGAUCGGGGCGAAAACUAGCGGCGUCAGUGUGCAGCAGCAGCAACGGUAGGACCGGCGUCGAGCGAGCAGGCGGUUGACGAUCGCAGCACAUCACUAGCAGCGGCGCGGCGUGCUCGAACGCGCGCGCGUGUACGUAUACGGCGGAGGGAGAAAGAGCGAACGAGCAAAGAGGAGAGAGAGAGAGAUAGGGGUGAGUGCGUGUGAAAGACGACGUCCCGCCGCUGCCGCCGCCGCCUCCAAGUGCACACCGCGCACAGGUGCCGGCGACGAGUACGACGACUGCACGGCCACACCGCGGUCGUUACCUGCUGCAGCUCUAGGCGCCGCAGCGGCCGCACUCCACGCAGUGUUUGAGUAGCAGUCGACCACACCACCGUCGUAUCUGCGAACGCGUCGCCGCAUCAUCGUCACCGGUCACCGGUCGCCAGCCACCAGCAACACCAGCACCAGCAGCCGUACCGACGAGCGCGCGCGUACCGACACCCGCGCCGUACAACGGUUCAGACGCUUUCACGCUAGGCCGUCGUUGAAAUGGACGCGACGGUCGGCCGUCGUACCGCGAACCAACGGCCCAGCGACAUUGGUGACGACGGCCACGACCAGCAGCUGCGACAUGUCCGUCAGCGGCAACACGACGACGCACGUCAGAACCCGGCGGUAACCCUUGGCGCGAACCCGACCGCCGCGUGCCUGUCCUGUUGAUACUGCAACGGACCGGACGCGCAGCCGACGCAACCGACGACGACGACGACGACGACGGGUCGCGCGCGCCGCCGCAACCGCCGCCGCCGCCGCUGAAUGGGACAUGGGAAUACUCCCGAAUCUGCUCAUCGUCUACCUGAUCAUUGCAGAAACGCUAUGCGGACCUCACGAAAAGCGAUUGCUCAACGAUUUGUUAGAUCCUUACAACACACUAGAAAGGCCAGUAGCUAAUGAAUCGGAACCACUGCAAUUAAGUUUCAGCCUUAUGCUCAUGCAAAUAAUAGACGUGAUGAAAAAAAAUCAACUGUUGAUUACAAACAUGUGGUUAAAAUUGGAAUGGAACGAUGUCAACCUCAGGUGGAACCACAGUGAAUACGGCGGUGUGAAGGAUUUGAGGAUACCACCGCAUAAGAUAUGGAAACCAGAUAUGCUCAUGUACAAUAGUGCUGACGAGGGUUUCGACGGCACGUACGCGACCAACGUCGUGGUGAACAGCAACGGUAGCUGUGUUUUCAUACCUCCGGGAAUUUUCAAAAGUACGUGCAAGAUUGACAUCACGUGGUUUCCGUUCGACGAUCAAAAAUGUGAUAUGAAAUUCGGCAGUUGGACCUAUGAUGGAUUUCAGUUGGACCUUCAACUACAAGACGAUAAUGGAGGGGACAUCAGUGGUUUUAUUACUAACGGUGAAUGGGACCUGCUUGGCGUUCCCGGCAAGCGCAAUGUGAUCUACUACAGUUGCUGCCCCGAACCGUACAUAGACAUUACGUUUUCUAUAUUAAUUAGAAGGCGCACCUUGUAUUACUUUUUCAACUUGAUAGUCCCGUGCGUGUUGAUUGCGUCUAUGGCCGUACUAGGAUUUACUCUACCGCCGGACUGCGGCGAAAAACUUUCUCUAGGUGUAACGAUUCUUCUGUCGUUGACCGUUUUCCUAAACAUGGUGGCCGAGACAAUGCCGGCUACUUCGGACGCAGUUCCUCUUUUAGGUACAUAUUUCAACUGUAUCAUGUUCAUGGUGGCAUCAUCAGUUGUAUCCACAAUCAUGAUUCUGAAUUAUCAUCACCGUAAUGCGGACACGCAUGUUAUGUCCAAAUGGGUGAAGCUCAUGUUCCUGGUGUGGAUGCCGUGCUUGCUGUGCAUGAGCCGGCCGAACCGGGACGAGGCGUCCGCCAACGGAAACAAAUCAGACAAGAAUAAGUCCACGGCAUCUUCCAUCCAUCAUCUGCCCGACCUGGAAUUCCGGGCCAAGUCGUCCAGAAGCCUGUUGGCCAACGUGUUGGACCUGGACGACGACCUGAGGUCGUCCACGCGGAGCUACCCGGGCGCCCGCAGCCAGGUGGCUCCGAUGCCGGAGCACAUGGUCGAGCAGCAACACGCGACCGCCAUGAUGAUCGGUGGCAGCGGCGGCAGCAGCGGUGGCGGCGGCGGCGGUGGCGGAGGCGGCGGAAACACGUCGUCCGCGAUGGCCGCAGCCUCGUGCCUGGGACCGCAUCGCGAACUGUCGCUCAUCCUCAAGGAGCUGCGCGUGAUCACGGACAAGCUGCGCAAGGACGAGGAGGACGAGGACGUAACGAACGACUGGAAGUUCGCGGCCAUGGUGGUCGACCGCAUGUGCCUGUACAUAUUCACGUUCUUCACGGUGGCCGCCACCAUAGCGGUCCUCAUGUCCGCGCCCCACGUGAUUGUCACGUGAUCGCGCCAUCGGCUUCGGAACCGGCUCCGUCGGCAUCACGUCCGAUUCCAGCGAGCGGCCGCCUCUGAAGAACGUGACCCGCGACGUAGCUCGCGCGCAAACGAAUGGAUUGACGGUGUCGGCAGCGAAAAAAUUAACCGUAACUACGGUCUAUGAAUGCGUUAUUAUUAUUAUUAUUAUUAUUAUUAUUAUUAUUAUUAUUGUUGUAUACGCGUUACCUUUAUCGAAAACUAUUUACAUUUUUUAUUUUAUUUUUCUCUCGCAAAACCAUUUCAUUUUUUCUAGACAGUUGAUUAAAAUUACGAAACGUUAAAAAUAAAUAUAAAAAUUAUUUUUCCGUUCCGGUUAUUGCGUAAUAAUAAUAUUUGCCUGAUAAUAUUUAAAUAUAAAUAUAUAUAAUUUAACUCUGGCCCUACUCCUUAAAACAAUGUAAUAAACGUUCAACGGAAAUAGUACACAGUAUUAUAAAACGUAAAAUCACUUCAACAAUUUUGUCGAUCUACACUUCGCGAUUCCAUCGGUAUGCUCUUUUUCCAAUAAAAACGUCCACAGUUUCCCCAAUUAUGAAAGCGGACGCAUCAUCCGAUACCAUAUCGAUUUAAACGGUUCAAUUCGUACUGUAUAACGCAAUAUUUUUCGCUAACCAAUAUCUAUAUCGAAAUAAGUUGAAAUGUGCGCGAUAACCAUUUCUGGCACACCUUCAUUUAUUUAUUUAUUUUUUCGCAUCAUCUGAAAAGUUAGUUGUAAGUAUUAUAGUCACUACCCAUACUGCCAUAUGAAUAUAAUAUAUUAAUAUUAUUAAUAUGUAUUCGUUUUUUUUUUACGUCUCGUUUAAGGAAUAGGGCUUUCGUGGAAAAUAUAAAACAUUGUUUAUCAAAAAACAAUUUUUCAUUGUCACAGCGUCGUAAUAAAAAAAAAAAAACUUGCGGAUGUCGUGACACUUUUGAAAUUCAAAUUCAGUAAUUAUUAUCACAUUGUCGUUUGUUUAAAGCUUUAUUUGGUAUUGUAUGAAUUCGUUGUCCAGUCGACAAAGUUGAACUCACUGCUGCAUUCACCGUUUAUAUAUAUUUGAGUUUCACAUUUAUCCCAUGUAUGCCUAUUUAUUUUAUUAAUCAUUUUACAGUGAUGUUUGUAUUGUUUUAGAAAAAAUUUAACCCUAAACAGUUUGAAAACACAUAUUUUUUCAAAAUUCAGUAUGUUUGUUUUUCUAAAAUCUGUACUCGUUCAGUAUCCCUAUCGGAAAUCGGUAUUUUAUUUUCAGUGAUCAUGAUACCUAUUGAAAUUAACUGGGAUUUUAUAAACCAUAAACGUCAAUAACGAUCAUAUUAACCGAUAAUCUCGUACUGACGGUCAACAUGCUUUAUGGUCAGUAUAUGCUAUAGUAGAUAUAAUAUUUGAGAUCUAUAGAUUCAGCUAUUACCGUUAUAUCUAUUUCACAACAUAAUCAACAAAUACGAAUUUUACAAUCCGUUUAGUUAAACUCUACCGAAAAAAUAAUAACCUCGAAAUCCAAUAUUAAUGAGUAAUAUUUUUUUUCUUUCCAAAACUCAACCCAUGAAUUGAACUUAUAACUAUAACUUUUUUAUUUAAUAUUCUCAUGUUAAUUGGAGUAAUACUUUUCACAUUCAACAAUGCUAUUAGUAUUCUCAUUUAACGUACAAUGAUUAAUUUGGAAAAUAUUUUACCGAAUUAAAAACUCAUUUUAAACGAUUUAUUCAACUAACGUGUCUUCAAUAGAGAAUUA